GUUAUCACGCUAUAAUCGUAAACAAAUGACGUUGACGGAACGUCAGAGUAGUCAGGCGCGACAUCCUGCAACGUGGACUGAACUUUGCCCGGCCGAGAUUAUAUUUAACAAAAAAUCUGCUUGGCCCGUGUACACAUCCUGUUGGUAAUAUUUACAGUGCUGUCUAUAGCAAGUGGAAAAGACAUUGCACCGAUAGUGAUUUUGCUUUUUGUUGAAGCUUUAUUGAACAGGCUUCACGAAAAGUUUGGUUCCAAGAUACCCAUGUGAAGUGGAGAUCAUCAAUUUCUAAGUGAUAGUCUUAGCGAACUUUCUUAAUCAUGGUCGGAAUCAAACAUUCAGCAAUAUUCUUUGUUUGGAUGAUCGUGUGUGGUGUUUUCUACGCUGAAUGCCAGGCUCGUCUUAAUCAGCAGCCACCAAUGAGAGGCUUCCGACAGGGCCAGCCGAUACAGCAGAGAGGACAGCCCGUUCAGCAUCAGGCCAGGGCACCCCGACAGCCUGUCCGGCAGGGGCGCGCUCCCGUACAACAAAUGUCCGAACAGGAGAGAGCUAGGGCACAACAACAACAUGCACAACGGAUGAUGGAACAACAAAGACAGCAACAACAGCAACAGAUUCGACAACAGCAAAGACAAAUGCAGCAACAGCAGCAAAUGCAACAGCAAAGAGAAAUACAGCAACAACAGCAAGCACAACAGCAACUUCAGCAACAGCAGCAAGCACAACAGCUUCAACAGCAACAACAAGCACAACAGCUUCAACAGCAACAACAAGCACAACAGCUUCAACAGCAACAGCAAGCACAGCAGCUUCAACAGCAACAGCAAGCGCAACAGCUUCAACAACAGCAAGCACAACAGCUAGCACAACAGCUUCAACAACAACAGCAAGCGCAACAGCUUCAACAACAGCAGCAAGUGCAACAGCUUCAACAACAGCAGCAAGCUCAGCAACAAAUCAUUCAACAGGGUGGCCAAAUAUAUCAACAACCACAGCAACAACAGGUGAUGCAAAUGCAACAAGAACUGCCACAGCAACAGAUUUUGCAAGAACAGCAGUUGCAAAUGAAUCUAGAGCAGCAGACACAGCAACAGAUUCCACAAGAACAGGAGUCUCAAAUGCAACAACUACAGACUCAAGAGGAACAACAAGAGGAACAGCAACAAAACCUGCAAGAACAGGAGGGCGAAAAAAUGCAAGAAAACAUCCCAGAACAGACUGUGUCAGAUGCAGGCAGUUUAAAGGAAGAACAGCAAGAUACUGCAGCUGAGACAGGUGAAGCAGACUCACUCCAGCAAACUGCUCAAGAGACAGAAGAGAAGAAAGACAUAGAUGUCCACUUGGGACAGCAGAGUGAACAGCAGCAGCUAGCUGAUGAUAUAGACAAGAAUGCACAGGAAUCUGCUGACAACCAAGGAAGUGCAGGUGACCAGAAAGACCUUCAGCAAGAGGUUGUUGACCAACAAAACACAGAUGAACAAGAAGGAGGAGAAGAAGAAAAAGAAGAGGUUGAUGCAAGCAAAGACAAUGACAGGGAGUCUCAAGAUGAUGCUGGUGAUCAAGGAACUGCAGAUGACCAGAAAGACCUUCAGCAAGUGGCUGUAGACCAACAAAACACAGAUGAACAAGAAGGAGGAGAAGAAGUCGAUGCAAGUAAAGUCAACGACAGGCAGUCUCAGGAUGAUGAUGAUGUUGAUGACCAAGGAACUGCAAAUGACCAGAAAGACCUUCAGGUUGUUGACCAACAAAACACAGAUGAUUCAGAGGAAGAGGAAAACAUUGAUGAAAGCAAAGACAAGGACAGGCAGUCUCAAGAUGAUGAUGAUGAUCAAGAGGCAUCAGAGACAACGGAUCCUUCAGAAGAUCCUGACCAAGAGAAUGAUGAAAUGCCUGACGCAGACCUUCCCCUUCCAGGGAAAGAGGACGACACGGGAAAGCUCGUGGAUCCCAUGUCAUACUUCGAAAAGCUGCACGCCGUCCUGCAAUGGCAGCAGGCUGCGAUUGUUGAUCUACAAAGCAGGCUGGAGACGCAGGAGGAAAGGGUGGCCCAACUGGAGAUGGUCGCCGACGACCACGACUUCCAGAUGGAGACCUGUCAGGAGAGGGUCUCCUCCUUGGAGCAGUUGCAGGCUGAACUCAGCGACUCCGUCCUGGACUACUACACCAAGGUGAGCGACGUAGAACAACAGAAGAACGCAGAGCAGGACGGAACCAUAGCCAAACAGGGGGAGCUGAUACUAGAAGUAGACAAGAGGGUUCAACAGCAAACCACCAGAGCAGAGAAGCAGGAGGAGGCUAUAGCAGCACUCAGGGUGGCGCUGGUACACUUCUGGGAGUCCUACGUGAAGCCUUCACUGAAUGAUGGCAAAUCACUGAAUGAUGGUGAUGAAAAGGACAAGAAGACACUAACAAAAGAAAAAGGAACUACAGAUGGUCAGGAAGGUCUUCAGGAAGAUGUUGCUGACCAACAAGAUCUCCAAGAAGAAGACAAACAAGAAUAGACUGAUGCAAGAAACGAUAAUGUCUCAAGUUGAUGAUGAUGGUGAAACAUCAUGAAUAGAGUGUCGACAAGGUCAACAUCUCUUGCCAUAAAGAACUUUAGGAUAGAAAAAAGUUUUGCCUAACUUCAUACACUUCACUGUUUCAUAAGGAACUUUUUUCUAUGAUGGAAGUUCUAUGCCUAAUUUUCAUACAACAGAGCACAAUGUACAUUGGUUGGUUCCUGCAUCUAUCAUUAACAAGUCAGAGUAGAAUUAUUUUUGGUGGUUCAUCUUUUCAACCUGUUAAGCAAUAUCAGCUACCAUUUGAUCUUUUCAAGUCACUUCAACCGUAUAAUCAAUUGCAUAAAUCCAUAAUACAUAGGUACAGUACCCAAAUCAUGUGCACAGAUUAUAUUAAUUUGUUGAUAAUGGAUGAGGGUCAAGAGGUAAGGCAAGUGAUUAGAAUUAUAAUUUUCACCUAGUAGGCAUUAUGUAAUAAGACUGAUAAACACUCAUCUUUA